AAAAGAACAAGCCAAUAUAGAAAUUGAUGCAUCAUCCAGCACAAUAUACGUUUGUGCCUUUGUGGAGAGUGACACAAGACACAAAGGCAUUGAAUGUCUGCUGUCAAAUCUCGCCAUUGUUUUUCUGUUAUAGGAAUUCAUGUCAACCAUGCAAUUAUGAAGAGGUAGACUUAUUUAUGCACAUAUCUGCUGGAGCGGCCUCAGAAUAUUCGGAAAGAAUUAUGGUUCCAACAUUAGAGUCCACGAGAGGUGGUGGAGGUUCGAUUAAAGUGGGAACAACUGGUACGAUCGGUGCCCUCAUGUCAAGAGAAUUGGAUUCAAAAACAUCUGCUUCUCCGACACCUGUAUCACAUAGGUAUAGGUCUCCUACUGUUUGUUCAUUCGCUACUGGUGAUGCGACCAGUACUAAAAGAAUGAAGCCAAGAAGAUCAAUGGAUGAAGCUAGCAGCAGCUGGGCAUCUGAAGAUAACAAAAAUAGCCCCGAGAUAGUCAGGAAGGCAAAGCAGUAUUAUAGCUGUAAAACUCCUCAAAUUCCGAUACUAGAAUCAGAAAACAUAUCAGUAGAUGGAACUCCUAUUAGGCAGCAAAAGGGACCAACAUUGGUGGAAAUUGUGGACGUAAAAUGUGGUAGUGCGGAGAAAACAUGGGCAGCCCCUAUGAAGAAUCGCCUGAAGAAACUUAGCUUUUCAAAGCUUUCUGCGAGCCCUGUCUAGACAUGUGGACCUUCGAGUACAGUCAAACCUCUCUAUACCAAUAUCUUUUGUUCAGAUAUUUUUUGACUGCUAUAGCGAAAU